CAGUGACUCCUGUUCCACCCUGGAUUUAAGGAAUGAGCAGGUUCUGUGUUUCCCAUUCCAUCCUGGAUUAAGGAAUGAGCAGGUUCAGCUUCAGGCACUGAGGGUGAUGUUUGAGAUCCCACCUGGGGGGAUCCCAGGGAUGAUCCCAGGGGUGAUCCCUGAUCCCAGUUUCCAAGGCUGGGCUUUAGGGUGCAGCGGAGCCCGGCAGGAAUCCGAGCGUGGUUAAAACCAGGAAAUGCCAAUUUUUUUGGCUGCCAGAAGCAAACCCAGGGAGCAAACAAGGAGCAAACGAGCUGGAAAAGUGGCAGGGAGAGCUGGCCUGGCUCGGGCCCAGCCCUGCUCCCUUCCCGUGCCCGCUGAGCUGCUGGGGUGAGGCCAGAAAUCCCGGGGCUGCUCCGGCAUCGUGACCGUCACGUGCCCGGGAGGAUGACACGGGCCAGGAGCCACCACCUCCUCCUGGGCCUGACCCGGGAUGGCAUCGCCGGCAGGGAUAGCCGGCCCCGUUGCUCAGCCCUCUCCCUGGUUUUGUGGCUUUGCAGACAGCAGCCGGCUGCUGGGGGCCCGGCGCCCCGGCUACGGGACGCUGCAGCCGGACCCGGACACGGACACGGACACGGCCCGCAUGGAGGUCACGGGCUACCGGCGCCGGGCGUGGCGGGUGCUGCUGUGCCACGCGGGCUCGGCGCUGAGCGCGGGGCUGCUGCUGCUGCUCUUCCACUGGAAGCCGAGCCUGGAGGUGCGGGCCAAGUGCGAGCCCUGCGCCCUGGGCCAGGCAGACUGGCUCAUCAUCAGGGACCGUUUUGGGCAGUGCUUCACCACCGAGGUGCUGACGGAGCCGCUGGGCGAGGCCGGCCUGGAGCAGCUCCCCGGGGCCCAGCAGGACCGCAGGAGCAGCGUGGCCGUGGCGGUGCCGGAUGAGGACGAGAGCCGCGACACCGUCCAGCUCCACGACAAGGACGAGAAGAGCAUCCUGAGGUAUUACCUGUUCCAGGGAAUGCGCUACGUGUGUGCCACCCCCAGUGCCACCCCUGGUUCCAUUCUUGGAGCCACCCCCAGUGCCACCCCCAGUGCCACCCCCGGUGUCACCCCUGGUUCCAUUCUUGGAGCCACCCCCAGUGUCACCCCCAGUGGCCGGCUUUGUGCCGAGCCCCCCGCCGUGCUGUGUCCCGCUCCUGCCGGCUCUCACCGCCUGCCCUGCUCUCCUUUGCUCCCCAGCGUGCUGGACGAGGGCUGGAGCUGCGCAGAGCUGCACCUGAGCCGGGCCGGGCUGCACCAGCAGGAGCACAGCGCCAGGAGGAAGAUUUACGGCCCCAACCUCAUUGAGGUGCCUGUCAAGUCCUACGCCAGGCUCCUGGUGGAGGAGGUGCUGAACCCCUUCUACAUAUUCCAAGUGCUCAGCAUGGUGCUGUGGGUGUGUGAUGCCUAUUACUACUACGCCGCCUGCAUCUUCCUCAUCUCCACCUUCUCGCUGGGGCUGUCCCUCUACGAGACACGCAAGCAAAGCACCACACUGCGGAACAUGGCCAGGAUGUCCGUGGGGGUCCGGGUGCGGCGCUCCGGCGGAGAGGAGCUGGUGGUCAGCUCCGCAGAGCUCGUGCCUGGGGACUGCAUCCGGCUGCCCGGGGCCGGGGCGCUGCUGCCCUGCGACGCGGCGCUGCUGACCGGGGAGUGCAUGGUCAACGAGAGCCUGCUGACCGGGGAGAGCGUGCCGGUGAUGAAGACGCCGCUGCCGGCGGGCGGGCAGGCGGGCAGCAGCACCUACUGCCCCGAGGAGCACCGGCGGCACACGCUCUUCUGCGGGACGCAGCUCAUCCAGGCCAAGGCCUACGCGGGCGGCGAGGUGCUGGCCGUGGUCACCCGCACAGGGUUCUGCACGGCCAAGGGGGACCUCAUCAGCUCCAUCCUCUACCCCAAACCCGUGAGCUUCAAGUUCUACAAGGACGCCGUGAAGUUCGUGCUGUUCCUCGCCGUCCUGGCUCUCGUUGGCACCUUGUACAGCAUCCUCAUCCUGGUUAGGAACCAGGUCCCCGUGGGACAGAUCAUCCUCCGCGCCCUGGACCUGGUCACCGUCAUCGUGCCGCCGGCGCUGCCGGCCCCCCACCCGGCGCGGGCGGAUGAGCUCAGAGGGGUUUUGCCCUCUCGGUUUCAGCGCCUGGAGAUGGUGGAGGAGGAGGAGGAGGAGGAAGGGGAGCUCCCGGCCUUUCAGCAGUUCGGGAUGAAGGUCUUGGCUGUGGUGAAACCCCCGCCAGAGGAGGAGCAGCCUCGGGACAGGAGGCACCAGGCCCCCGUGGGGAUCCUGCGGCGUUUCCCGUUCUCCUCCUCCCUCCAGAGGAUGAGUGUCCUGGUCAAGCUGCCUGGGGAGGCCUCGGCCCACGCCUACGUCAAGGGUGCCCCGGAGAUGGUGGCCAGUCUGUGCAGGAAGGAAACUGUGCCCCCGGAUUUCUCCCAGGUGCUCCGGCACUACACCAGCGACGGCUUCCGUGUGCUGGCUCUGGCCUGCAAAGCCCUGGGCUCGGUGGCCACCUUUGAGGAGGCCCUGCAGCUCCCCAGGGACUCUGUGGAGAGUGGCCUGACCUUCCUGGGGUUCCUGGUGAUGAAGAACGUGCUGAAGCCAGAGUCUGCCCCGGUGAUCCAGCUGCUGCGCAGCGCCAACAUCCGCCCCGUCAUGGUCACGGGGGACAACAUGCUGACAGCCCUGAACGUGGCGCGGGGGUGCCGCAUGGUGGAGCCCAGGGAGCGCGUGGUGUUCGUCACGGCCUCGCCGCCCAGCCACGACAAACCCGCCGCCCUCAAGUUCGUGCUGGCCGAGAACUCCCAGGGCGAGGAGCAGCCCGAGGGCCUGCAGCAGCAGGACAGCUCCUCCCUCCCAGCCCGGCACUGCCACUUGGCCCUCAACGGGAAAUCCUUCCAGGUGGUGUGUGAGCACUUCUCCGACCUCCUGCCCUGGAUCCUGCUCCGCGCCACCGUGUUCGCCCGCAUGCUGCCCGAGCAGAAGACCCAGCUGGUGAGCAGCCUGCAGGAGCUCAAUUACUGCGUGGGCAUGUGCGGGGACGGCGCCAACGACUGCGGGGCGCUGCGGGCGGCCGACGUCGGCAUCUCGCUGGGGGGAUCCCUGGGGGCGGCUCCCGGGGAGGGGUGGCCGGUGCUGACACCGUGUCCCCCCAUCCCCAGGGAGGGCCGGUGCUCCUUGGUCACCUCCUUCGGGGUCUUCAAGUACAUGGCCCUGUACAGCCUGGUGCAGUUCGUGUCCGUGCUCCUGCUCUACACCAUCAACACCAACCUGAGCGAUUUCCAGUUCCUGUUCUUCGACCUGGUGAUCACCACCACGGUGGCCGUGCUGAUGGGGCGCACGGGGCCGGCGCCGGCGCUGGGCGUGCGGCGCCCGCAGGGAGCCCUGAUCAGCGGGCUGGUGCUGGGCAGCCUCCUGCUGCAGACAGCCCUGCUCAUCGCCGUGCAGGUCCUCAGCUACUUCAUCACCACCUCACAGAGCUGGUACGUCCCCCUGAACAGCACGGUGACAGCGCCCCAGAAUCUGCCCAACUACGAGAACACCGUCCUGUUCUGCGUCAGUGGCUUCCAGUACCUCAUCCUGGCCGUGGCCAUGUCCAAGGGCUACCCCUUCCGCGAGCCGCUCUACACCAACGUGCUCUUCCUGCUCGUCCUCGUCCUGCUCUUCGGCCUGAUGAUCUGGCUUACCCUGUACCCACUGGGCUUUCCCAAAUCCCUGCUGAAGCUCCAGCCCAUCGAGGAUUUCAAUUUCAAGCUGCUCCUCUUGGGCAUUGCUGCCCUCAACUUCUUCGCUGCCUUCGUGCUGGAGACCGCCCUGGAUCACGGCUUGCUCGGCUGCUUCCGAAGGCUGCGCCGGAAAAAAGCCUCCAAGAAGCUUUUCAAGAGGCUGGAGAAGGAGCUGAGCCAGCAGCAGCCGGCCUGGCCACCCCUGGACCAGCCCCUGUUUGCCACGCCCAGGAUGUCCCUGGCUGUGAGAUAGCAGUGCCAGCUGUGCCCUCUAGCCCAGCCCUUGGACACUUCUUUAAUUUAUUUAUCCCGGAAAAAGCAGGGGUGCGGCGGGCGGGAUCCCUCGGCAUUGCAGAUGUGAAUCCCACGGCCACGCUGAUCCCAUGGUCAGUGAUCCCAUAGCCAUGGGGAUCCCAUGGCCUCAGUGAUCCUGUGGCCACGCUCCCCAUGGUCAGUGAUCCCAUAGCCAUGGGGAUCCCAUGGUCAGUGAUCCUGUGGCCACGCUGAUCCCAUGGUCAGUGAUCCCAUAGCCAUGGGGAUCCCAUGGCCUCAGUGAUCCCAUGGCCAUGGUGAUCCCAGGGUCAGUGAUCCUGUGGCCAUGCUGAUCCCAUGGUCAGUGAUCCCAUGGUCAUGGUGAUCCCAUGGCCAUGGUGAUCCCAGGGUCAGUGAUCCCAUGGCCACACUGAUCCCAUGGUCAGUGAUCCCAUGGCCAUGGGGCUCCCAUGGUCAGUGAUCCCAUAGCCAUGGUGAUCCCAUGGCCUCAGUGAUCCCAUAGCCAUGGUGAUUCCAUGGUCAGUGAUCCCAUAGCCAUGGGGAUCCCAUGGCCUCAGUGAUCCCAUGGCCAUGGUGAUCCCAGGGUCAGUGAUCCUGUGGCCAUGCUGAUCCCAUGGUCAGUGAUCCCAUGGUCAUGGUGAUCCCAUGGCCAUGGUGAUCCCAGGGUCAGUGAUCCCAUGGCCACACUGAUCCCAUGGUCAGUGAUCCCAUGGCCAUGGGGCUCCCAUGGUCAGUGAUCCCAUAGCCAUGGUGAUCCCAUGGCCUCAGUGAUCCCAUAGCCAUGGUGAUUCCAUGGUCAGUGAUCCCAUGGCCAUGGGGAUCCCAUGGUCAGUGAUCCUGUGGCCACGCUGAUCCCAUGGUCAGUGAUCCCAUAGCCAUG